CGAACGGUCAUACUCGAACGAGACGAAGACGACGACGACGCAACUUGUAGCAGUAAAAAUAUUUAUAAGAUUUUGCCGUGUUUAACCGAAUUAACCAAUGUAAUAAUCUAUAGAAAUUAAAGUGAAAAUGUGAACGUUGUGUUUGCUUUCGAAAUGACAUCCGUUUAAAAUGCAUUUCAACGCAAUAGCUCGCUGUGAAAAUUUCGUACAGGCGAAAAAGAGCCGAUUUUUAGUGGAAGAAGAAGAAGCAGCAGCAGCAGCCGAACAGGCAGUAAAAGCAAUCGUCGAAUACACGGACAAAGCGCACGGCGAAUGAAAGGCGUGUGAAGAGAAAACUUGCAAAAAUUACACCAACAACACAGCGGCGGCAGGCGAAAAAGUGUGUUUAGAAAAGAAAUUAAAAACACACGAACAUAUACAUACACACACUCAAGCGUACGAUAAACAUACACUCGCUCACACAAUUCAAAUCGAAGCUAAGAGAAUUGGUGCAAAAGGCAAAUUAAAAGAACAACAAAAAAACGAAGUAAAAUAGCGCGCGGUUUAAUAAUAAAUAAUUAUAUGUAUGCGCGCAAAACAUGUGAGGAGCCGGGGAGCCGCUAAUACAAAUACGAAUACGAAAAAUCAAUGAAGAUUGUAAUAAAAUUCCGUAUUCUCGCUAUCGCUCCUCCCUCUCUCGCACCGAACUCGCUCCCGCUCUCUCCUCUCUCACUCUCUUCUCCUCUCUUUCGCGAGCGCAGCAGCAGCAGCCUCUCGACGUGUGUUUGUGUUUCUUGUUGAUUUUGUGAUAAAAUUGCAAUCAGCAGCACACGACACUCGCCAAAAUAUUAGUAUUUCAAAGUAUUAGCAGGGCGAUCGACAAAAUAAAGCAGAUAAACCAACAGUAAUCGGCUAAAGUGGUUGUGCAAGAAGAAGCAGCAACAAUCAGGCAAAAAAAUACCUGAAAAAAAAUAAACGGUAAAACGAAGAAGUGGCGACACACACACACAAACGGCGGAGAGCGCGCUAAAAAGUUUAUUAAGUAAAUAACCAAAAGCAAAAGGCACACAGUGCGUUCCAAGCCACAUUCAAUUUAACCAGCCAAAAGGGCACAGUCAAAAUAUAUAUUUUUAUUAAAAAUGGUGGAAGUAAUAGAGCGGCGGAGAACGGCUGCGUGAGCCCAAAGCGCGGCCAAUUAAAAAACAACAACAGCACACAGCAGUAACAGCAGCCGCUGAAGAGGAAGAAGAAGAAGAAGACGACGACGAAGAAGCUGAAGCAACCGAAGAGGAGGAAGAAACAGCAAGAGCCUCGAAAAGUACAUAAAAAAAGUAUAAAAAAUUUAAAUACGGUGGAAGUUGUCGGUAGACAGAAAGCGAACUAGCGACGAAAAGGAGAGGCGAGAAAACCCAAGCUCCGAAAACAGAAAACCACCUAACCAACGCAACAGCAAUAGCAACUAGGAACGCAGCCAACAAGCAACAUUCAACAUCCAGCAGCAACAUCACACAACAUGUACGGCAAAUCAAAGACAUCGGCGGUUCCAUCGGACGCCCAGGCCCGCGAAAAGUUGGCCCUGUACGUGUACGAAUAUCUGCUGCACGUUGGCGCCCAGAAGGCGGCACAGACAUUCCUCUCGGAGAUCCGAUGGGAGAAGAACAUAACGCUCGGCGAGCCACCGGGAUUCCUGCACACCUGGUGGUGCGUCUUCUGGGACCUCUACUGUGCGGCACCCGAGCGCCGGGAUCAGUGCGAUCACAGCUCGGAGGCCAAGGCCUUCCACGACUAUGGCUUCGUCAGCUCCGGCUACGGAGUGAACGGAAUUGGACCGGGUGGCCCGCACAAUGCCGGCGGACCGGCGCCCAGCCCACUGGGACAGAUGCCGCCCGGCGGCGAUGGAGGUCCAAUGGGACCCGGCGGACCAAUGGGACCGAACUUCUUCCCAAACUCGACGAUGCGGCCGUCGCCACCGACGCACGCCUCCAGUCCACAGCCGCCGCCGUCGCAGAUGAUGCCCGGCCAGCCGCCGUUCAUGGGCGGACCCCGAUAUCCGGGCGGACCGCGGCCCGGCGUGCGUAUGCAGGGCAUGGGCAAUGAGUUCAAUGGCCCUCCUGGUCAGCCCAUGAUGCCCAACAGCAUGGAUCCCACCCGGCCAGGCGGCGGGAUGGGGCCGAUGAAUCCGCGCAUGAACCCGCCACGCGGUCCCGGCGGCAUGGGCCCGAUGGGCUAUGGCGGUCCGGGCGGAAUGCGAGGCCCUGCACCCGGACCCGGCGGAAUGCCGCCCAUGGGCAUGGGCGGUGCGGGCGGUAGACCGCCCCAAUGGCAGCCAAAUGCUUCGGCGCCACUGAACGCGUACUCGUCAUCAUCGCCAGGAAACUAUGGACCCGGGCCGGGUUCGAAUGGACCGCCGGGACCGGGAACGCCCAUCAUGCCGUCGCCGCAGGAUAACACGCAAGGCGGACCAGUCGGAGGACCGGGUGACAGCAUGUACGCCCUGAUGAAGCCCGAAUUCCCGAUGGGUGGCGGGCCGGAUGGCGGCGGUGGAGGAGGCGGGCCCGGCGGCAUGGGUCCGAUGGGCGGCGGGCCGAAUUCAAUGGGCCCUGUACUUAAUGGCGGCGGCGGACCCGACGGCUCCGGCCUGGACGGCAUGAAGAACUCGCCGGCUAACGGAGGACCAGGAACGCCGCGCGAGGACUCCGGCAGCGGCAUGGGCGACUACAAUCUGGGCGGAUUCGGCGGACCCGGCGAGAACGAUCAAACGGAAUCGGCGGCCAUUCUGAAGAUAAAGGAGAGCAUGCACGAGGAGGCCAAGCGGUUCGAGAAAGAUACAGAUCAUCCGGACUACUUCAUGCCAUAACAACAUCACCAACAACAGCAGCAGCAACAGCAGCAGCAUCAGCAGCAUCUCAACACGGUGGCAGCCGCUGUGGCAGCUGUGGUGGCGGCUGCGGCGUCCAACGGAUCGGCGGGCAGCUCCUCGGCCGCUUCCAUUGCGGCUGCUGCUCUUGGGGCCGCCGCCUCCAAUCUGCUCAGCAAUGGCAACAACAACUUCUGAAGGCGAGACCCACACACAACACCACACAGCAAAUAAGAACGCGGUAGUAGAAAUCCUUGAUACAUAAGCAUAAAGUAAUUAACAUUUAACGCAUGUAUGAGAAAUAGAGAAAAGCGAAGCAAAAAGGAAAAGAACCCUUAAAUAUAAUAGACUAACGCAGCAAAUGUAAAAUUGUGAAAGGAUCAUGCGGACGUAGAAGCGUUCUGUUGCCACUGCCACUGUCCUUCGUCCUGGAUUUCUCGCUGUUGAUUUUAGAUAAGUUCGUUUCGUUGUUGUAUUCUAUGCUUAAUUUUAGUUUUCGGUCAAAAAUUCAACUCGCAAAAGGCACUACAAGGUGAAGUGGACAGGGCAGUGGAGGACAGAAUCGAAGUGUUCCCCAGCAGAACUCGAGAUACUACCGAAAAGUAAAGAAAACAAAACCAAGCAGGCAAAAAUAGUAAUUGUAAUGAACAAACGAGCACAGUCGAACUUCUGUAUGUCAAACUAGAACUAGAAAUACGAGCAAAAUCUGUAAAGAAACUUGAAGUUCUCUUUUUGAUUCGACUCACAGAUAUUCGACUGCACUAAAGUAAUAUAAAACAUGUAUGCAACAAGUUUAGUGAGCCUUGUGUUUAGUUUAGUUGUUGCGAACAAUCACCUCACCCCACACCAAACUCUCCAGAUCCUAUCCCCGUAUUUAUACCCAUUCACUUGCUUGUGUAGAAAAUCGAAAUCAUAAUCGCAGAUCAAUUGUGUUUGUUAAGCAAGCAGCAGGCAUACGAAUGGAAUAUUUAUAAUGAUAUGCAUAAUACCUAGUGGAGUACAUAGUUAGCAUUAUUGGACUUGUAUAUGGAUAGUCUGCAGCCCUCACUCAUACACAUGUGCGCCCUUCUUGAACUGCCCCAUUUUGCAGAAUGGGUAAUGUCUAGAUCGCUAGUUUUGCUUGGCCCAAAUUUUAUUAUUAUUUUUAAUUCGUAUUGUACAAAUUGUAAACUUGGCACUUCUAUUCUGUCUGCCCCGUCUGUGCUUGUAUGUUUGUUUGUUCAAAACGCGUAUCUGUUGUAUUGCUUAGUGUCUUUUUUUCUCAUUUGUCGUAUGUGUAAUGUAUGUAUUUAUAUUUUAACCAAACAACUGAAAUGAAAAUCGUUAUUUAAGUUCCUUCCAACGGCGAGCAAUACCAGUUGUAUGAGAUAUGACACGAUCUUUGCGAUUCCCCUCACUUUGGAGAGCGGCAACAGUUUGCACUCGUUUCGAUUUCCUCACGGCAUUGUGUGUGCAUUAGGGCAGCGAAAGAAAAAAUGAUAUAGAAAGCUAUAUGUAAACAUUAUAUAUAGACAGAAACCGAAACAGAAACGGAUACAGAUGUAGCCUAUUGUAUGCACUAAUUUAUUGCAGAUAGCUACGCGCAUUACUAUAAGAUUUAGCUGUUUAAUAUGCAUAUAAAGUAUAUAUUAUAUAUUUCGUAAAGGCAGCAGCGUGAGCAGCAACAAUUGUAGAAACAUAACCUAAUGCAAAGUUUACUUCAGAAUAUCAAACACACUUAACACGAAUGCUGUACAAACAAAAGUCUUAAAGUGCAUAAAAUAUAUAUAUAAAUAAAGCUGUCUGUGCUUGCAUCCUUCUGGCGAUACAGCGCGUUUUGCAUUCAUAGGAGAAACCAAGCAACCCGUAUAGUAGCAUUAGAUUCGAAGCUAACUUGUAAGCCCAGCAACAUAAACAAAUCAAAAGGAAUACCUAUAAAGAAGCGAAUAAAAUUUCUUUAUAGCAAAAACACACACACACAUUAACACCCCCACACACCACACAAAUCAAUUGAUAAAAUAAUUAAAAAACAAGAAGAAAAAUGGAAGAAAUCUAUUUUAAAUAUUGUAUAUGUUUAAUGUGUCGGAAUUUAAAAUAUGUACGAGCGCGCGGAGUGGAGAACUUUAUAGUAUGUGCUGCAUGAAUUAUAUCUAAAUUAUAGUAUGGAUAGUAUGGAACGCCGCAUCCAUGAUGCGACAAGCGAAACAACUUAAAUAGUGACUAAGUUAAGUUUAUUUACUAACGCUUAAGGUUGGAGCGUUUCAAUUGCUGGAUCUAUAUAAACCACAAAACAAAAUCUAAUGUAUAAUGGAGCGGAAUUAAGUAAACAAAAGUAUAAGUCGUCGCCCAAACCCACAAAUAACAAAAACAAAAAAAUUGCAAAAUGUAACACAGAAAAUCGAAAAAAUAAUGAAGGGAAUACAAAAAAAACCGAUUGAAUAUGGAAAUAUGUUUAAAUAAGUAUUUUAGUGUUAAUUAUACAAUUUACAAGUACACAACACAAACAAAAACAACAACAAUAUAAUAUAAAAUGAAAUAAAGUUUUAAAACAAUAUUUGUAAAAAGUAAAGAA